AUGUCGUUAAACUACAUAAAGAACUUCUAUGAGGGAUUUCUCCGGCCACCCACUGUGAUUGGUCAAUUCCACACUCUGUUCUUUGGCUCUGUGCGUAUGUUUUUCCUGGGGGUUCUGGGAUUUGCAGUUUACGGCAAUGAGGCUCUUCACUUUAGCUGUCUCUCUGACCGUAGAGAACUAAAUGUUUUCUGUUACAACCAGUUUCGACCAGUAACACCUCAGGUGUUCUGGGCCUUACAGCUUGUAACAGUCCUUGUACCAGGGGCUGUGUUCCAUCUUUAUGCAGCAUGUAAAUACAUGGACCAAGAGGAUAUUGUUGAGCAACCAAUCAACACAGUCUUUUAUAUAAUAUCUGUGCUUUUGCGGAUGAUCUUGGAGGUUGCAGCAUUUUGGUUGCAGAGCCAUCUCUUUGGAUUUCAGGUUCAGCCUGUGUUCAUGUGUGAUGCCAGCUCACUGGAAAAGGCCUUUAACUUCACAAAGUGUUUGGUCCCUGAGUACUUUGAAAAGACGAUCUUCCUCAGUGCAAUGUACGCAUUCACCAUCAUCACUGUGAUUUUGUGUAUUGCAGAGAUUUUUGAAAUUCUUCGCAGAAGGGGGUGUUGUCUGGGCACACAAUGA